GUGUGGGCGCAAUGACGGUCGGUAAAAUUGAACCAUUCGACGCGAACAAAGAUAAGUGGUCGUCAUACGUGGACCGCCUUGAACAAUAUUUUAUUGUUAAUGAUAUCGAGGAAGCAAAGAAAGUUGCUACACUAAUUACGUUUAUUGGCGGCCCUACAUAUGAACUGCUAGUGACUCUUUGUUCACCAAAGAAACCACACGAAGUGAAAUAUGAUGACAUCAAUAAAAUUAUGCUACAACAUCUGCAGCCAACGCCUAGCAUAUUAGCUGAGAGGUACAAGUUUCGGCAAAGAACGCAAACUAAAAGUGAGUCUAUAUCGGACUACGUGGCAGCUUUGAAGGAGUUGGCUAGAACGUGUGACUUCAAGACGGGAUUAGACGACAAUUUAAGGGAUCAGCUUGUCUGUGGCUUGUUUAGUGAGAUGAUCAGACAGAGACUUUUUGCGGAAGAUGAAGUUAGUUUCUCAAAAGCUUAUAAACUAGCCACCGCCUUAGAAGCGGCGGAGACGAACGCGGCGGCAGUGGUGAACGGCAAGCGACCGAACGACGACGGUGCCGUGGCAUGUCAUGCUGUCACGAGUGAAACUCGCCGCAGCGAGGGACGAGCGGGACGACGCGCGACAGCGGCAAGCAGCGAGCGAACGCGCGGUCGCUACAGCGAGGGCGCAGCCGGCGGGAGCGGCGCGCCGGGCGCAGCGGCUGGAGCGUCGGGCACGGGCCGGGGGCGCGCGGGCCAGGCUGGCGGGCGCGGCGCCGGGAGCGGCUGGACUCGCUCGACUUGUCGGGCUUGCGGCGGACAACAUGAUGCAGCCGGAUGCAAAUUUCGCGUAUACGUGUGUCGUGUAUGUAAUCGGGAAGGCCACCUUAAAAGAAUGUGCCCUAAACUUGGCGCGGGCGGCGCGAGUUACACAGACGGCAAUUACGUAAAAGAAGUAGCUGAUUCGGAUACCGACGAUAGCGUCGAGGUAAUUACUUCAAUUUAUAACAUAAGUCCCUCAAAAGACUACAAACCAUAUAUCUUAACAUUACUUGUUAAUAAUAAACAGUUGGAAAUGGAGGUAGACACCGGUAGUCGCAUAUCGUGUAUUAGUCUUGAUUGCUAUCGCGAAAUGUUUAUUGACUGUGAUUUAAUAGAUUCCAAUCUGUCUUUGAGAUAUUACACCGGACCGCCUGUAACUAUUGUAGGCAAAAUAAGGCCUGUUGUUAAAUAUAAGGAUCAGGUACGGGAAUUUACUUUGUAUGUCGUGAAGGGCGGGCGGACGUCUUUAAUCGGGCGCGAAUGGUUAGAAGAGCUCGGUAUUGUGGACCGCGACAGUUUCCCGUGUAAUAGUAUUGUUACGGGAGGGAAAUUUGAUUUGCACACGUUCAGUUCCAGAUACGCGCAGGUUUUUGAAGACGGGCUGGGGUGCUACACGGGUGAGCCGGUGGGCUUUCGGCUGCGAGACGGCGCGACGCCCGUGUUCUUGCGCGCACGCCCUCUAGCAUUUGCCUUGCGCGAACCGGUCGACCGCGCGCUGGACCAGCUGGUGAGUGACGGCAUCGUAACCCCGGUCGAGUGUUCGGAUUGGGCCACACCUAUUGUACCAGUAGUCAAAUCGGACGGCUCGAUUCGUAUCUGUGCUGAUUAUAAACUUACGCUCAACAAAUGGCUAGAAAUAGAUAGGUAUCCUCUGCCUAGGAUAGACGAUCUGUUGGUAAAAUUAAAUGGCGGGGACAAAUUUUCUAAAAUCGAUCUAAGUCAGGCUUAUGCGCAAUUUCCGUUGGAUGAUACCAAGAAAUUUACCACAAUUAAUACCCAUAAAGGCCUAUUUCAGUAUAAUCGCCUCGUCUACGGGCUCGCGUCGAGCCCUGGCAUCUUCCAACGUAAACUUGAGCAAAUGUUUGCUGACUUACCCUCGGUCGGAGUCUAUCUAGAUGAUGUGAUCAUAACGGCGAAAAAUGACGAUGAACAUUUAAAAAUACUUUGUCAGGUUUUUGACAGAUUACUAAAGUACGGUCUGAAAAUAAAGAAAGAGAAGUGUACUUUUUUCGCAGAGUCGGUCACCUAUUUAGGGUUUGUUAUUUCAAGAGAUGGAGUAUCAGCAAGCUCAAGUAAAGUAGAAGUCAUCAAUAAAAUGUGUAGUCCACAGAAUGUUUCAGAGUUGCGAUCAUUUCUUGGAAUGAUAAUGUACUACGCAAAAUUUGUUAAAAACUUGAGCACAAUAUUAUCUCCGAUGUAUGAAUUACUCAAAAAAGAUGUCAAGUUUGUUUGGAGUAAAGAGUGUCAGGCCGCAUUUGAGAAAAUAAAAAAGAUGUUGCAGUCGAGUGAGGUGCUGGCGCACUACUCGAGCGAGCUGCCGCUGGUGCUGACGACGGACGCGAGCAGCACGGGCGUGGCCGCCGUGAUCGCGCACCGCCUGCCCGCCGGCGAGCGGCCUGUCGCCUAUGCGAGUCGAGUGUUAAGUUCAGCGGAGAAACACUACUCGCAGAUCGAGAAAGAGGCACUUGCGAUUAUAUAUGGUGUUCAAAAAUUUCACCAGUAUUUAUAUGGAAGGAAAUUUCUCUUGAAGACGGAUCACAAACCCCUGGUAACCAUUUUUGGAGACAAAGCCGGAAUACCUGCUAUGGCUGCGAGUCGACUACAGAGAUGGGCGGUGAUCAUGUCUGGGUAUAAUUUUGAUAUAGAGUAUGUUCGGAGUGAGGAAAAUGGAGCGGAUGCCUUGUCGCGAUUAAUAACCGGACCCGAUAGAACAGUACGAUCGGAGGUGACUUAUCUUAAUUACGUGCAAAACUUUUUACCUAUAACAAGCACGGAUAUUAAAAAAGCAACGGACAAAGACUCCAUUCUGGUAAAAGUUAAAAUGUAUAUUGCUUCGGGAUGGCCGACUUAUUGCGAUGAUGAGAAUCUUAAACCAUAUUACAUCCGCAGAAACGAGCUGUAUAUGGAGGCCGGGUGUAUACUAUGGGGGUACAGGGUGAUAGUACCUACUGUUUUUCAAAAUAACAUUCUACAAGAGCUACAUGUUGGCCAUGUCGGCAUGGUAAAAAUGAAGAGCACGGCCCGCAGCUACGUGUGGUGGCCCGGCAUCGACGCGGACGUGGAGCGCGUGUGCCGCGAGUGCGCCGCGUGCGUGGCUGAGAGCAGCGCGCCGCCGAGGGCGCCACCCAAGCCGUGGCCGUAUAUUACAGAACCAUGGACGCAUUCUACAUGUUGA